AUGGAAGGUGGUGGUGCAGCGUCAAUUUCAGCUGAGAAAACAUCGGAAUCAGCUGCGGCAGCCUCAUACACCUAUUGGAUCCGGGAGGUGACCCAUGAAGCCGCCCCUCUGCCUUUGCCGAAAAAGCUCAACCCGGAAGACCUCUCGAAUCAAUCGAACAAAACCCACCUGGGUUCCGCCUGGAAUGGGGCCGGAACAUGGGAGGAGAAGAGUUUGAAUAAAUGGGCAACUGAUAGGAUUAAGGAGUUGCUUGUGUCUAUGGGUUCCCUGGAGUUCUCUGGUGGCCGAGCUGAAGUAUCAGAAGUAACUAAGUGCUCUGGAGAUGCAUUCUUGGUCACUGUACGAAACAAAAAACGAGUUGGCUACACCUAUGAGCUGACACUAAAAGUGAAAGGGGAAUGGCUUGUUGGAGGGGAGAAGAAGAAGGUCAAAGGCCACAUAGAUGUAUUCGAGUUCUCCUUGGGCGAACUGGAUGAUUUGCAGAUUGUAGUAAAACUAGGUGAAGAUAUAGAUGUUUCACAACAAGAGAAGCAGCAGAUCUGCCAGGAUUUGAGAUUGUUUUUGCAACCUCUUCGGGAGAAAUUACUUCAAUUUGAGCAGGAAAUCAAAGAUCGGCAGGGAUGA